AUGAUGAUGGGUUUGUUUUCUUUGCUUUACUGUCUCUUUCUCUUCUUGCUUGUUUCUCUUCCAUCCAACACUCUCUCAUUUCUUCAUUCUUCUCACCCUCCUUUGUGCCAUCCCCAAGAAAGUUAUGCUUUGCUUCACUUCAAGAACUCAUUUCCCAUAACCAAUAGUAGUUACUCUUCCCACUACGCAGCUGAGCUUGGAAUUGGCAAUCCUAAUAGUACUACUUCAUGGGAUAUGAGCAAGAAUUGCUGCACAUGGAGCGGUGUCACUUGUGAUGAGCUUACUGGCCAAGUUAUCCGCCUUGACCUCAAAUGCAGUGGGCUUCAAGGCAUUCUUCACUCCAACAGUAGCCUUUUUUCCCGUGCUCAUCUUCAAUCUCUUGUUCUCUCCUACAAUGAUUUUCACACUUCCAAAGUCUCUGCUCAAUUUGGUAGGUAUUCAAGAAUAGUUCACCUUGAUCUUUCUCACUCCUUGUUCAGUGGUAAAGUCCCUUUUGAAUUGUCUUACUUGUCAAAGUUGGUUUCACUUGACUUAAGUUUUAAUCAUGAGUUGAAACUUGAGACAUCUAGCUGGAAAAGAAUUGUAGCAAACCUAACAAAUCUUAGAGAAUUGUUUAUGCUUGGUGUCAAUAUGUCUUAUGUCUCACCCAAUUCGUUUGCUAAUUUAUCAACUUCUUUGACAUAUCUUGAUCUUAGAGAAUCUGGAUUGCAGGGGGAGUUCUUCAUAGACUUGCCUUAUCUUACAAGAAAUCUGAAGUACUUGACGACUCUAUCUUUAGCUGCUUGCAAUUUUGUAGGAUUAUAUCCAACACUACUACAUGCUAACCUCACUCAAAUCACUUCUUUAGACCUUUCUUUCAAUAAUCUUGGGGGUCAAAUCCCAUGGUCUUCUCUAAAUCUUCAAAAGCUUAUUGAACUAGAUCUUUCAUCCAAUAAUUUCACCGGCCAGCUUCCAGAAGUUUGUAGCAGUAAUUCAACAAAAGUUUCAUCUUUGUGCAUCUCUUCAAAUCACCAUGAUUUAGUUGGUGGUCCUCCUUUGAAUUUCAAAUCCUUGAAUUUAUCUACUAACAAACUUAGUGGGACAAUACCAUCAUGGUUGUAUUCCCUUCAGUAUUUGCAGAAGUUAGAUCUAAGUAACAACAACUUCACUGGCUCCAUUCUUGAAUUCCAAUAUGAUUCUUUAGUACAUCUUGAUUUACAAUCUAACAAACUAGAAGGUAUCUUUCCAAGCUCAAUUUUUGAACUAGUGAAUCUUUCGUUUCUGUUUCUUUCUUCAAAUAAAUUAAGUGGUGUUGUGUCAUUAGAUCAGUUCUCAAAGUUUAAAAGCCUCGAAUAUCUUGAUCUUUCUUUUAAUAGCAUAUCAGUGAUUGAUUCUAUCAACAAUGUCAAUAGUACCUUGCCAAGAACUCUUUUCUCAUUGGCAUUGUCUUCAUGUGGUUUAACUGAGUUCCCAUACUCUCUAAGAAAUGUUGAAAAGUUAGGAAGCUUGGAGCUUUCCAACAAUCAAAUUGAAGGGGCCAUUCCCUCGUGGCUUUGGAAUGUUGGCAAGGAUUCAUUGUAUUUCCUUGAUCUUUCUCAUAACUUGUUGACACUUGUGGAUCAACUUCCAUGGAAGAACCUACAAAACAUUGACUUGUGCUCUAACCAACUUCAAGGUCAUCUCCCAAUUCCACCACCUUCGACAUUGUUGUUUUUAUUUGCAAACAAUCAAUUGGUUGGAGAAAUACCAUCUAUGUUAUGCAACCUCACUUCUCCUACAGCGGUUGAUUUGUCAAAUAACAGUUUGAGUGGUAACAUUCCUCCAUGCCUUGGAAAUUCAAGCAAAAUGCUCUCAGUGCUGUGCUUGCAAAAGAAUAACUUUCAUGGCAUCAUUCCUCCAAUCUUUGCAAAGAAAAUUGCUUUGAGGAAUUUAAACCUCAAUGGAAAUCAAUUGGAAGGUUCCCUUCCUUUGUCAUUGUUCAACUGUAAAAAGUUGGAAAUUUUGGAUGUUGGGAACAACAAGAUACAUGGAUCAUUUCCCCAUUGGUUGGAAUCUCUCCCAAACUUACAAGUGCUUAUCUUAAGAUCCAAUAGAUUUCAUGGUCCAAUAAGUAAACCAAGUGUUAGAUUUCCCUUUCAACGGUUGAGAAUCAUGGAUGUAUCUAACAAUGAAUUCAUGGGCCUCUUGCCAAAAGAAUAUUUUGAGAAUUUUGUGGGCGUGAUGAAUGCCUAUUCAAAAGACUUGCAAUACAUGGGAAGGUUCAUAGGACCAUCCUAUUAUCAUGAUUUUGUUUCGGUGGCAGUAAAAGGUUUCUAUGUUGAGUUGGUGAAAAUUCAAUCCAUGUUUAUAACCAUUGAUUUCUCAAGAAAUAACUUCAUAGGGGAGAUUCCAAACAUGAUUAUUGGAAAGCUAUAUUCACUCAAAGGGCUUAAUCUUUCGCACAACAAGCUAUCUGGUAAUAUUCCACCAUCAUUGGGAAAUUUGAGCAAUCUCGAAUGGUUAGAUCUCUCCUCGAACGAGUUUGUUGGGACGAUUCCAUGGCAAUUGGCAACAAAUCUAAAUCAACUUGAAUUUCUAAAACUUUCCAUGAACAAAUUGGAGGGACAAAUACCUUGCGGCUCCCAAUUCAACAUAUUCAAUGAUGAUUCGUAUAAUGGAAAUUUGGGGUUAUGUGGAUUUCCACUUUCUAAAUCAUGCAACGAUGGCAAGAUAAACAAAACAUCUUCUCCGGAGGAUCAAGGGAAUGGUGUUUUCUGGAAAGUUGUGCUGAUGGGAUAUGGAACUGGAAUAGUGAUUGGAAGUUUAAUAGGAUAUGUUGUCCUUACAAAUAAAGAUGUUGAUCAGAUAAAGAAAAGCUUUAGAAGCUACAGUGGCAUCUAA